CCAUCGCCUGGUGACAAUGGCGGUCGAAAGGCGGGGGAGCCAAUGGGAACAGAGGACUGGGUCACAGAGGGCGGGACUACAGGUAUGACGCACAGCGGCAACUCCGGAGUUGCUCAGAGGCAGGUAAACAAAAUGGCGGCUGCCUAACAACUGAACUCCUGCAGGAGGGAGGAGAGGCGAUGCUGCAUGGAGCGGAGCAACGGCAACAGCAGCCGGAGGAGCCCGAGGAAUCCGAGCCGAUCCUGGCGGCUUUCAGAGACUAUCUGGAGAUGGACGAGGUGGUUGACUACAUCAGUGAGAACGACCUGAUGGGAGUGGACACUUUCAUCCACAGGAUAGACUCUACCGACGUGAUCUACCAGCCCAGGAAGAAACGGGCCAAGAUAAUCGGCAAGUACCUGAUGGGCGACCUGCUGGGCGAAGGCUCUUACGGCAAAGUCAAGGAGAUGCUGGACUCCGAGACCCUCUGCAGGAGGGCCGUUAAAAUCCUCAAGAAGAAAAAGCUGCGGAGGAUCCCAAACGGGGAGGCGAAUGUGAAGAAGGAAAUCCAGUUGCUCAGGAGACUACGACACAAAAAUGUAAUCCAGUUGGUAGAUGUGCUAUAUAAUGAUGAAAAACAAAAGAUGUAUAUGGUAAUGGAAUACUGCGUGUGUGGAAUGCAAGAAAUGUUGGACAGUGUCAGCGAUAAGAAAUUUCCAGUUUUUCAAGCUCAUGGGUACUUCUGCCAGCUAAUUGAUGGUCUAGAAUAUUUGCACAGUCAAGGGAUAGUCCACAAAGAUAUUAAACCAGGGAACCUUCUACUAACGACAGAUGGCACUUUGAAAAUCUCAGACCUAGGAGUAGCUGAAGCACUACACCCUUUUGCAGAGGAUGACACGUGUAGAACGAGUCAAGGAUCACCAGCAUUCCAGCCUCCAGAAAUUGCAAAUGGACUAGAUACAUUUUCAGGGUUCAAGGUGGACAUUUGGUCUGCAGGGGUGACAUUGUACAAUAUCAGAACAGGUCUUUAUCCGUUUGAGGGGGAUAACAUCUACAAACUAUUUGAAAACAUUGGGAAAGGGGAGUACGCCAUUCCGGAGGAAUGUGGACCGUUGUUGACAGAUUUAUUGAAAGGAAUGCUUGAAUAUGAUCCCGUGAAAAGAUUCUCAAUACAACAGAUUCGACAGCACAAUUGGUUUCGGAAAAAACAUCCUCAGACAGAAAAUCCCGUUCCUAUUCCUCCAAGCCCAGAGACCAAGGACAGAUGGAGAAGUAUGACAGUGGUGCCUUACCUGGAAGACUUGCAUGGUUAUAAUGAUGAUGAAGAAGAUCUGUACAAUGAAGAUGUGGAAGAUGAAAUAAUUUAUACUCAGGAUUUUACAGUACCGGGACAGGUGCAGGUGCCUGAAGAAGAAAUUGAGCAAAACGGCCAAAACAGGAGCAAAGGCAGCCACAAAGCAAUGUGCAUGAAUGGCACUGAGGCAGGACAGUUUAACAACAAGGUCAAAAAUGAACGGAGGUCGAGCUCUUCUUCCAAUCCAUCCCGCAAAGCCUCCACCAGUAGCAGCAAAAUUCGGAAACUCUCUGCAUGUAAACAACAAUGACCCAUCUGUAAACUCUGUGUGCGACCACUGACACCGGGGGAUUGUGGUGUUGCUGCUGCCUGUGCUCCUGCGUGGAUGAGCACUGCAAGCAGGCGACGGAAAGAAGAAAGAAGCGGUGAUCGAAAGAACAAGCCCAACCUUCUACCAAAAGAAAACGGCAUGCCAACCAACCAACCAAUCAAUCAACAAAUGCCAACUGUUUGUAACAAACCUGAGUUUGAAAAAAAAAAGUAUAACCAUGGAUGUUUAGAAGUUUGUGCAGAGCCAAGUAGAUGCACUUUAUGUCUUAGACUUUGUCUUCUGUUUAUACUUGCAGUAUAGUACACAUUGUCAUGUGUAAAUGCAUGCUGUAAAGGGCUUGGAGAAAGGGGAUAUUAUUGUGAAGGGCGAUGGGACAAAUACCCUUGUGUAUGUUAAUCUGCAUUGAUUUUCAGCAGAUUCAUUAAGAAAAUCAAACAUCUACCAAAUGAAAAUGCCUUGCUGCCACUUUUGGUAAGAAGUGUCAGGAGCAUCUGUAUAGUUAAAUGUACCAUUUGAGCAGGAUUUUCAAAUGGGGAAGAGCUAAAAGGAAAGGGGCUUAUUUUGCUGAAAGGCCUAUUCUCAAGAGUGUUAACUUCCUACUACAAAUUUCUUAGUCUCAGUCGCAUCACUGUUAUAAAUGGUUACAUUUGCUGGGAAUGGCCUCCAGUCACCCUGCCACCUGGUGGGCACACCGACACAUGCAUUCCUUUUACUUGCGGUGUGCUCCAGAGCUUCAUGUCCCUGCUUUGAAUCUUCCCUCCCCGCAGCAUUCAAUUCCAAAAUCAAAACACAAAAAAAAAAAUGGUUCUAUGGAUGAAGCAGACGCACAUGGCUGUAUCAGUUUGACAGCUGCCUCCUGUUACGCAGAAGACGCAAGCAUAUUUCCAAUGUUCAUAGUUGGCAGGGCAAAAAUCAAUAAUUUGCAGUCGGCAAAGAGUAUUAGAUCUUUUUUGCAGUACUGUUAGAUUGAUGAGGGACUUGGCAAGAUGCUACAUAGAAAGCAGUAAUGCAUUCAGUGCUUUGUGUUGGUGGUGGUAGGAGACAGAUCUCAGUAACAGGCUGCCUCACGCUGGUCUUUCAACACAGGCUGCACACAUUUAUGGCUGUUGCUUCUUGUGAUUUCCUGAUGGAGCCUCUGCUCACUUUGCAGUGUGGCUGUUCUGUUUGGUGAAAUAUUAAAACACUGUUGUGGUACCAAAGCAUUAUUUAUCGCACUGAAGUAGUUGCCAGUAUUAUUAUCACAGAGCGACUGAUUUGAAUUCUUUACCCUGCGUCCUAUUUCUUAUUGGUUUGCUCUGGCAAGAGAAGGAAUGUACUUAAUGUUCACUCUCUUGGAGUCAGUAACCGCAGCUGGAGAUAUUGAACUGUGGAUACUGGGAGCUGCAGAUGCUGGCUUACAAAAAAACACACACACAAAGUGCUGGAGUAACUCAGUGGGUCUAGCAGCACCUCUGCAGAACAUGUAAAGUUGAAGAAGGGUCCAGAACUGAAAUGUUAUUGUACAUGUCCUCCAGGGAUGCUGCCUGACCUGCUGAAUUAUUCUCCUCUCAUUUUUGUCUACCUGAAUUAUUCCAGCGCUUUUAUCUUUUUUUUCCAGGUAUUGAUCUGUUUGAUAAAUGUAAGAGGGAAUUAAGUCAGCUACUGGAUAGUAACUACAAAUCCAUUACUGGCCAAGACUCAGCCUAGAUUAUAAUGUGUUUUUUAGUUUGAAUGGUCUGUUGGACUUAAAAAUGAACUUUGUCCAUGUUCAAAAUCAAAUGUAGGCAAAAUAAAUCACGCAUUUUUCUUCUUACAAACCUUACACUACUCUGAUAUUCCACACAUUUUAAAAUUAGGACGUGCACUAUUUUAGAAUGGAUUAACACAUUUGCACUGAAUUCACUGUGUGACAAUCUUCAUGUCCAGACCAACACACUCUGCAUCUCUCCAUUUUACUUCAAAUUUCAACAGAGUUGAUGCCAGAGAAGUCUUUCCCAUUUAAUUUCAAGAUAACAGCUGUGCCAAUAAGGCCUUUCACAGCUGUCUUUCUCAAUCACAUUAUUAAAGAAACAGAGUGAUCUUGGUUAUUGUUGCAUAGAUGUAUGCAGCUGGUUUUCAGAAUUACUGCCCUGCUUGAUUCAAAGGACCCUUGGAUUGAUAAUGGAUGCAGCAACAUACUGCAUGGCCACCAUUCUCGAAGGGACAAAUUGACACUCAAGCCAACACUUGCAGCCAAGCGCACUGGAAAAGUGCAGCUCAUAGCAAGGAUGCAGUUGAGGCUAUAAAAUAGAACUUUCACAGAUGUAAACCUCCACUUAGCAGAAGGUAUUUGGAGCAAAGCAUUUCCGAUAGCACCAGUGAUUUACAUUGUAUUAACAGUAGCCAUGGUGACUGAAGAAAGUUGGUGUAUAAAAUCCAUUGUUCCUGGAUUUAGGACUUUAUACACCUAUGCAAACAAAAAGUGGAGGCUUUAUAAUGGACUGUGUGAGACAAUUGCAAAACUGGCUUCCCGUGAUCAAUGCAUGUUGUGCAACUUUACUCUUGGUGACUGCGUCUUUUAACCCAUCUUUGAUUUGUCGACUUAGAGGCAGAAAUAUAUUGAAAGAAAAAUUGCAACUAAGCUAAUGGGUUGUCAGAUUCUGUGCACCAAAGUCGCAUUUGGUGUUGCUAAGAUUCCCUGUCCAACAUGCAAAAACAAAAACUGGAAUUAUUACCAAUGGAUUUUUACUUGACCCUGACAAGCAAAACACAUGGGGAUUGAACUUGAAAGCAUUAGGAGAGACAUGCAGCAACACAGCUCUCUGGAAAUCCUUCCAAACUUUAAACGAGAGGACCGAAAGAUCUUAAAAGUUAUUGGUGGAGUGCUACUGCAUCCUAUAGUUUAAUUUAGGUGUUGAAGAUUCGCUUUGGAAUACCAGUUAGUACAUCUCUUCCCCCAGAUGAAUCGUGCAUCAUCAGCAUGCCAUCAAAUGUGUCUUGCCACUUGCUAUUAAAAAUUAAAUGCAACAUCUUGAAGCAUUAUGUACAAGUUAUAUGAACAUGCCUACUCCUACCGUAUGAAAUUGACUGUGGCAGCUUUCUGGAAUGGCCUGUAAGCUACUCUUCCUAGUUUGAUGAAAGAGUGGGGUUUGCAGUAUUGUUGCCCUUUCCAUGAAUUACCCAGUUGAUCAAUGCACAAAUAGUUUUGAAUGCUGGAAGCCCUCCGAGAUAGCAAGUGGUGGCUCUGUGUGAGUGAGGAUAGGCGUAAUAAAAUCAUAGUAAAAUAAUAGUCAAUUUACGAGGAUUUUGCCCAGACCCGAGGGCCUGAGCUAUGGGGAGGGGUUGAGCAGGCUAGGACUCUCUAUUUCUUGGGGCGCAGGAGCAUGACGGGUGAUCUUAUAGAGAUGUACAAAAUCAUGAGAGGAAUAGAUCGGGUAGACACACAAUCUCUUGCCCUGUGUAGGGGAGUCGAGAACCAGAGGACAUGGGUUUAAGAUGAGGGGGGACAGAUUUAAUAGGAAUUUGAGGGGUAAUUUUAUCACACAAAGGGUGGUGGGUGUAUAGAACGAGCUGCCGGAGGAGGUAGUUGAGGCAGGUACUAUUGCAACGUUUAAGAAAUAAAUUAGACAGGUACAUAGGACAGGUUUAGAGGGAUCUGGGCAAACGUAGGCAGGUGGAACUAGUGUAGAUGGGACAUGUUGGCAAGUUGGGCCGAAGGGCCUGUUUCCACGCUGUAAGACUAUAUGACUAUAAUCAUACUUUUUUUAUAAUGCAUUUACAGACGAGGGUGUUAUUGGCAAGGCCAGGAUUUACUGUCCAUCUCUAAUCACCAUUAAGAAGGUGGCAGUGAGUGGCUGCAGUUUUCUGCAAAUCCAUUAAUUUUGGGCACCAAAGGGUUUAACCUGAUUGAUCCCUAUUUUAAAUUAUAAUCAAAGUCUGUCCAUUACACAAUUGAAAUUGACAUAUUACCAUUUUAACUUUUUAAGCAAAAUUCAAGGAAUAGAAAGCAAAUUCAGAAAAAAAUGAUAUUUUUGCAGCCCUUGUCAUGGGAAUAAUAUCUACCCUAUCUCUGCCAUUCAUAACGCUACUCAAAGGACUAGAUAGAGUGGAUGUGGAGUGGGAGGGUAGUGAGAGAGUCUAGGACCAGAGGGCACAGCAUCAGAAUAAAAGGACGUACCUUGAGAAUGAAGAGGUGGAAUUUCUAUAAUCAGAAGUUGGUGUAUCUGUCCAUCUGGGUAUUUUUAAGGCAGGUGAGAAUAGUGUAGAUGGGGAAUGUUGGCCAGCCUGGGCAGGAUGGGCCGAAGAGCCUGUUUCCACGCUGUAUGGCUUUAUUGCUCCAUGUAUAUCUUUCCCAUGGGGGAAGAUAUACAUUGGUCCCAGCGGGUACUUAACCACCACUUCUCAAUGAUGGGGAAGGGAAUUACAAGCUGGCCUUGCUAUUGGUGGUGUUUGGGCCUAAUGUGUCAAGGAAAUGGGGUUUGGACUCUAGACCAGAGUUGAUGUGGAACUUCACCCAUGAUCCGAAGAAUGGCAGUGUAGGUUCAAUGGGUGGUGGAAGCUAGUUCAUGCUCUUGACACUGACAAAUCUCUGAGAGGGUCCUGACAUGGUCCAGACUGUGCUGUUCCCAAGGAUCAGCAAUUCCUCAUGGAUUGAAUGGUGGAGGAAAAUCGAUUCCUGAAGAGGAUUGAGAACUUCUAGAGCAGUUGUCAAGUGUUGAUACCUUCGAUAUGUCUCCACAAUGCACAUGUACCUGAUGCUUCUGACCAUGCACAUUAAGGUUGCUACUGCCACCCUGAGCCAUAUGACCACUGCAAAGUAAACAGGGUAUUGUCCCUAAGAAAGCUUGCCCUAACAGAGAACGUUGUGGGAUGCAUCUUCACUUGUCUCAUUUAGUUCAGUUUAUAGAUACAGCAUGGAAACAGGCUCUUUGGCUCACCCAGUCAAGCUAGUGAUAUAUUAUCUCACCUUCUCAUCCACCUUACACACUAGGGGCAAUUUACAGAAGCCAAUUGACCUUCACACCAACACGUCUUGGCAACGUGAGAGGCAACCCAUGUGGUCACAGGGAGAAUAUGUAAACUCCACACAGACAGCGCCCAAGGUGAGGAUGGAACCUGGGUCUUUGUCGCUGUGAGGCAGCAGCUCUGCCAACUGCACCACUUUGUCACCCUUUAUAUUAGCAGCUGAAUGUUAGCUGUCACAUGACUCCUUUCUCACAAUCCCUCCACCUGGUUUUAACGACUGCCAUCCUUGUUGGGUGACUCUUACAAUAGUGAUCAAUGGAGUCAGCUGGGUUUUUGUUGUUAUUUCAGGUGAGGACAUCUAUUUUUAGUAGCUGCUCCUGGCUUGUGUUUAGAAUUUUUCUCUGGCUUCUAUCUCUCUCAACAUGAUCUCCAGAUCAUCUUUGAGGAUACAAAAUGUGCAGGAAGUCACAAACCAAGCAUGAUAGCGGGCAACUUGGACGCACCUAUUUUCUCCUUCCCCUUCCAUCUACAUUCCUUCCUCUAGCUUCACAAUUCGCAACGCUUCAAUCCUUUUUCGCACACCUGUCUUUUCAUCUCUGGUCUUUGUCCAACUAUCAAAUAACCCUCCUCACCUGUGUUGCCGAUCCGAAAAGCCAGCUAUUCCUUUUCUCCAUAGAUGCUGUCUGGCCUGCUGAGUUACCCCAGCAAUUUGUGUCUAUCUUUGGCCUGUUACCUGCCAGGCUUUUUCCUACCCCCUCUCUCUUACCUUCCUCCCCCGCCCACCACCACCACCUCCCACUCAUAAUCAAUUUGAAUAAGGGUCCCGACCCGAAACAUCACCUAUCCAUGUUCUCCUGACCCACUGAGUUACUACUAGCACUCGGUGUCCUCUGAUAAUGGGCAUAAUACUUUUUUCCAAAGAGGACCUGGCAUAUCGAGAUGCUGUCUCUCUGCUCUUCACACCCCAUGCCUUCCCUCCACUACCAGUGGCAGAUCCUGGUGAAGCAAUGCUGUUUAAAAGUUCCAGCCAUGACAGCAGGAGGCAGCGGUCCAUCUACACGACUACUGAAACUGUGCAAGUGCGCAAAAGGUCACUAAUUGUAGUGAUUACACGACAAAUGCAGAUGAAUAUCUCAUCCCAGUUGCUGCAUGAAACGUUGGCACAGUGAAAUUUAAGCGAGUGAGUGGUUGUGAGUGAACUUGAAUUCCUAAAACAAAUUAAUUUACUCCUCAUACUACUUCGGAGUAACACUGAGAUAUCUGUCAUUGUUUACACUGAUCCCCAGUGGAUGUGCGAUUUGUACAAUCCUUCAUUACAUCCCUCGGAAAUAUCUCAACGUGUUUUUCACACAGUUAAUUCCUUCAUGAAGUCAAGUCACUGUUGUCGCCUCUUUAGCACCCAGUGUGAUCUCCUGACAGCAAGGAGAAGGAAAUUGAAAUUGCCAAUAACUAUUGUUGUAAAUGUACAACAUUUGUGGUACUUGAGGUCCUGGAGGAGUUGCUGGCUGGCAAUGUCAGGUAAAUCACGCGUGACGUUUACUUAGAACCCAGUUCUGCAUUAAAAUUAAAUGAAUUUGGAGGAACCCAGAGUAAAUAAUUGACUUGAAUGUCAAAGUACAUAAGGCUGAAAUUGCUCAAUUGAUGAGAAACCUGUCAAUGUUUCACGACUUGUGUUUUGUAAGAUUGUCAUUGUAAAGACAUUUCACUUCAUUCACAAUAGUUAUGGCUGACUGCUAAAGUUAUGUGUCAACACUGGUUGCAUUUUAAUGUUGCAUCAUUGCGUUAAAUUGGUUUACCUCUGAAAUGAUAAUAAUGGCUACUUAGCAAUUUUUACUGGGUGCUGGAACGUUAAUGGUCCAGAAUUAAAAUAUUAAUGCCUAGAAA